AUGGCGUCCCCGGGGGGCGGUGGCUCCCUGGGCCUACUGGCCUGGCUCCUGCUCCUGCUCGGCGAGGCCCGGGCGGGCGGGGCGGCGCCGCUCCCCUCGGAGGGCCCGCUCGCUCAGGGGUCCUCGCCGCCGCCCCCUGUAGGGGUUCCGGGAUCCCCGGCGACAACCCAGUCUGAUAAGGGUGUGAUGACCACCGAUAUGUAUGCGUUUGGCCCAGUGUGUGGCCGGCCCAACCUGAAAAUCGUGGGAGGCACCGACGCCGAGGAGGGGAAGUGGCCCUGGCAGGUGAGCCUGAGGAUCAACGGCAGGCACGUGUGCGGAGCCUCCCUGCUCACGUCACAGUGGGUGCUGACUGCCGCCCACUGUAUUUUAAGCCAUUUCCGGUACACUGUCAAGAUAGGAGAUCGGAGUGUCCGUAACGAAAACACAAGUCUGGUGAUCCCCAUCAAAAACAUCAUUGUCCACCCUAAGUUCUCAACAAUUGUGAGCGCUAGAAACGACCUCGCCCUUCUCCAGCUCCUCUACGCCGUGAAUUUUACCUCAACCAUCCGGCCCAUCUGCAUCCCUAGGGAGACUUUCCAGGUGAAAGAUGGGACCAAGUGCUGGGUCACCGGAUGGGGCAGAACAGCAGAAGGCGUGUUCCUGCCUCCAUCAGAAAUUCUCCAGGAGGUGGACCAAUACAUCAUCCACUACCAAAAAUGUAAUAAGUUGAUACAGAAUUACUUGUCAUCUGCUAAGGAUUUAGUAGUGAAAGGCAUGGUCUGUGGCUAUAAAGAAAGAGGAAAAGAUUCUUGUCAGGGAGAUUCUGGGGGCCCCCUGGCCUGUGAAUUUAAUGACACAUGGGUCCAGGUGGGGAUUGUGAGCUGGGGCAUUGGCUGUGGUCGCGAAGGGGUGCCAGGAGUUUAUACAGAAAUUGGCUUCUACAGUAAGUGGAUGGUUGCAGUGGUGAACCAGGCUACCUCUUUGUGUCCAGUGAUGUUCCUCAUCCUACUCUUGUGUCUGGUGCUGCCCCUCGGCAUCCUGGUGACCCUGUGA